GCUAGCAAUGAUUUGGCUGCUGCUGCUGCUGUUGUGUUGUCGCUGCAAGGCACCAUGGUCAGCAGUUUGCAGCAAGCAGCGCUGCUGCCGGCGAAUUCAGCAGCAGCUGCGGCGCUAAAUUUGCAAGCGCUGGAAUCUUAUUUAACGCUGCAGCGUCUUACAGGCAAAUCUGAUGUAUUUCGCUUUAGCAGCAGCAACAGCAACAACAACAGCAGCAGCAACAGCAGCCAAAGCAGCGCUGCUGAAACGCUGCCUGCGCUUAUCGAUUUAGCUGGCAUUGAGCUUAAGUCCAGCAGCAGCAGCAGCAGCUGCAGCGCUAGCAGCAGCAACAACAACAACAACAACAGCAGCAACACAGCCAACAACAACAGCAGCAGCAGCAAAUGUCUAACGCCUUUGCCUUCAAUUGGCACAGUAAGCGCCGCUGCUGCUGUUGCCGCCGCUGCUGCUGCUGCUGCCAAUCAGCAAGCUGCGCUCGAUUGCGCUACAGCUGCUGAGCUUGCUGCUGAAUGCGAUUUACCUUUGCUGGAUGGCGAGGAUGCUUUGUCCUUUGAAGCCGGCGACUUGGACAGCAGCUAUGGCAGUUUUAUAUUCAAUGCCAGCAACUUUGCUGCAGCUGAAGCGGAGCCAGCGCUGCCUUCACUACAGGCUAGCAUGUAUCAGGAUAAGCUUAACGUUAUGGCUGGCUCAACAGCUGCCACAGAUGAAACCACAAAUAGUUCCACAGCAGCAGCGUCGGCAGCAGCGGCGGCUGCAGCAGCAGCAGCGCAGCGUUCAAAAAAACAAUUUAUAUGCAAAUUUUGCAAUAGACAAUUUACCAAGUCCUAUAAUUUGCUUAUACACGAGCGCACGCACACCGAUGAGCGUCCCUACUCCUGUGACAUUUGUGGCAAAGCAUUUAGACGACAAGAUCAUCUCAGAGAUCAUAGAUACAUUCACUCCAAGGAGAAGCCCUUCAAGUGCGCUGAAUGCGGCAAGGGGUUCUGCCAAUCGCGCACGCUGGCCGUGCAUAAAAUAUUGCACAUGGAGGAGUCGCCACACAAGUGUCCUGUCUGCAAUCGCAGCUUUAAUCAGCGCUCGAAUCUGAAGACACAUCUGCUUACACACACCGAUAUCAAGCCGUACAAUUGUGCCUCGUGUGGCAAAGUGUUUCGACGCAAUUGCGAUUUGCGGCGCCACAGCUUGACGCAUAAUCUAACAGCAACGGUGGGCGUGGCUGGUGAACUCUUUGGUGGCAGCAACAGCAGCAGCGCUGAGCUGGGCUUGUCUAUGGUGCUGCCUGCCACAGCAGCAGCAGCAGCAGCUGCCACAACGGGCAGUGCCACAAGCACACGCGAUUUGGUGGCAGUAAGCGACUGAAGCCGCAUAUCGAAAUGUGAUGAAGUUUAAAAAUGAAGAAUAAUCUCUGCAAAAAAUCCCUCCAUAAAAAGUUUUUAGUUUUUAAGCGCUACAUACUCUUUCGCCUUUAAGUUGCUGACAGCAUUUAGUUUAUAAUUAAGUUUUAGUGCAUAAGACUUGAGACUAUUUAAAUUUAGUUUAAGCUUAGACAGAAAAGUUUAACUUUUGACUUGAUUUCCAAUUUAGCACGUAAGCAAACAA